AUGUCGCUCAACGAUGACGGUUCCACCUUGUCGUCAUCCCAGAACUUAGCCCUGGGAAUCGGCAUCAACGUGUUCGGUGCAAUCAUGACCAAUUUGGGUACGGUACUGAUGAAAUUCCAUACAGAGCAGAGGAAAGGCAUCGGACCCUACCUCAGAAUUGGG